UCCAAAUACACAAAUUUUUUUUUUAAUUUGAAAAUUUACCUGAUAUCAAAAACUAUAAUCGUAAACCAAAAACCUAAAAAAAAUAUCCAUAAUGCCGGAAAUAUAUUCGAAAUAUCCAAAUAUACCUAAUAAACACAACAUAUUUAUGAUCGGGGUCUAGGGUAGGACCGGACUCAAACAAAGACAUGUGGGUCCAAAAAAAACCCACUAGGUUAUCUUCUCUCGAUCUGAACUAAACCUAUAUUUCCGGAUCGGUUAGGUUUUUUUUUAUCCGGAUAUAAUUCUCAUGCCUAAAAAAAAUUACGUAAAAGUGUACAUAUAAAAUAUCAAAUAAACUAAUACAUAGAUUAUAUAACUGUUAAAAAAUAUAUUUGUUGAUAUAAUUAAACUUUGUAUUAUAAUAUAAUCCAAAAAACCCGCGCUUUUCAAGCGCGGGUCAAAAUCUAGUUUUAGUAUGAAAACCUCUACUUUUCUGUUUGCCGCUAAUUGUAGGUAAAGCAUCUUUCCAUGAGACAUUGAGACAAUAAUGCAAGCAAAGAUCAGCUUACCAUCUCAGAAAACUGUGAAACAUACAUGAAAAAUGCGAGUGAAGCGGCCAGGUCGAGGAUAAGCAUCGGGUCCUUGCGUAUAGUUUUGUUGGAACCGAUCAUCUCCACUUUGGGGUCAUUAUGAUAGUUUUUAUUAAACGAUAUAUAGUUGUGUUUUAGGGUUUGUCCUUAUUUACUUUUCUUAGGGAUAAUAGAAAGAAAAAGGGAAUAAUUUUAUCUAUUAAAAGAGAAGUACCAUUUUUAUCUACUACAAAAUAGUCAUAUUAGAAGUCUAGGUCCAUAUAUUCAAAUAAUUGUUUUUAUUGUUUAUAUUAAUUUAUUUAAUGUUUAACAUUUCUAAAUAAUUAUAAGGAUAUUAAUAACAAAUCAAUUUUAACUAUAAAUUUAAAUUUUAGUUUUAGGAAUAACAAAAUCUGUUAAGAAAAAUCUAACAAAAUCUAUUUUUAUUUAAAUAUUCUUUUAAUUAAUGCACUAAUUAAUUUCACAAUUAGUAGUAUAAUAUUAUUAUAAAUUAAUUUUAAUUAAAUUUUUAUUAUAAACAAAAUAAUGAAAUUAUAUGCUAAUUUAUAAAUUUUAUAAGUAUAUUCUACAUUAUAUUAAAAUUAUGUUUUUUGUGCAAACAUAUUAAAAUUAUGUUGAAUUGGUAAACCAAUAUAUUUUGAAAAAUACUUUCAUUAAGAUAAAUAAAUAAAAUAUCAUUCACCGUGUAAAGUGAUUGAAAUAUCAUUCACCUUUUAAAAUGAUUAAUAUUCAUAAAUUAUGUAAUAAUUUUUACAAAAAAUAAAAUUGUUAAAAUAUGUUAAAUUUUAAUAUUUAGAACUAUAUCUCAUCUAUUAAUUUAUUUUUAAAAUGACAGCAAUAUAUUAUCAUAAAUUAUUAUAUACAAAAUAAUAUAAAAUUUUAUAUUUGUAAAUGAAAUGUUACCCGCACGGGUGUGCGGGUUAAAAUCUAGUUUACUUUAAACCCAAAGUAUAUCUUAAUCAAAUUAUAAAUUUAUAUAAGAAAAAGUGAUUUUUUUUAAAUAACAGAAGGUCACUAAAAUUAACACAAAAGAAGUAUCUUAAUCAAAUUUUAAUAAAAUUAGAGAAUAAAUUAGUAAAUAAAAGGGGUAAAAUUAGAAUAAAAAUCCCUUUCAAAUAACAGAAAGGUAACUAAAAUGACCCAAAAGUAUAUACUACUCCCUCUGUUUCAAAAUACAUGAAUUUUUAAGAUUGUGCACAACUAUUAAGAAACUUGUUUUUAUCUUAAAAAUAUCACUAAAAUAUAAAUUAAAAGUUAUUUAACCAGUCACAAAACAAACUACAAAAUAUCAUUGGUUACACAGUUUUUGAUAAUGUGAAAAAGUGCAUUUAUAUAUGAAAACAUCAUCUAUUUUGAAACAUUAAAAGCUCCCUAAAACAUCGUCUAUUUAGAAAUGUAGAGAGUAUAUUUUAAUCAAAUGGCAAUUUUCUCAAAUAGCAAUUUUAAGUUUUUGUCACAAAAAUAGUUUUUAAUAAAAAAAUGACCAAAAUAGUAUCUUUUUAUUUUGAAAAUUUUAAUAUUUAUUUUUGAUUUUUUUAAAAUUUGAAACUCAGUCCUCAAAACUUUACUUCUUAACUCUAAACCCUAAGUCUAGAUUAGUUAAUCAUAUGAUAUAAAUGCAUUUUUACUCUUGAAGAAAAAUUCUUUUGGUCAUUUUUCUCACUGAGAACUAUUUUUGUGACAAAAACUUUAAAAAGACUAUCUUUAGAGAAUUUUUCUUAAUCAAAUGUUAAUAAAAUUAGAAAAUAAAUUAAGUGGAGGGUCGAGGCUAAGGCUUUGGUUUAGUAAGAAGAAAGAGAAAAGAUAGCGUAUGCAAAAUUCUACUAAUUAAUUUGUUAUGUAUGGUGUUUAUAAAGAAAGGCAAACUUUAGUGGGCUUUGUAGCCUCAACAAAAGGCCCAUUAAACCCAAAGUAGAUCAUUCAAAUCGAACGCAUCGUCGUAACUAACAAACUCUCCCUCCGUACUUUUGACAACUCGUCUACGUCUUCUUCCUUCUGUUUUGCUCUGCAACUCUAACCAUCGCUCUCGCAAUCGGAAGAGUUCUUCACCGUCGAUUUGCUUAGUUCCGGCGUAAUACACCGGCGAUUCAACUGUUUUUUUCUUAAUUCGAGGUGAUCAACCUCUUCCGUUCAUUUUCUUUCUGUUUCGUUUCGUUUCGUUUCGCUUCUUUCGAUUUUCCCGCCAUUUUCAGUAUGCUAUCCGUAGCUUCUUCUCAGUACUGUUAAUUUAUUUCGGCAAUACUCACUCGUGGUGGAUUUCGAGUAUGUCUUUUCAAUAUUUGCGUAUGUUCGUCGUCUCUUUUCUUGAAAUUUCCGUUACGCGUAAACUUAGGGUAAAAUUGAAUUCGGCAAGAAGAUCGCUACCGUUGUGUGUGAUCUGUGAUCAAUCUGAUCGAAAUUAGAGUCGUGAAUCUUAAUUUGAUGCUGAUGACGCUUAAUACUUGCUACUUUUAGGAAACCACAAGGAGAAAAUUACAAGUUGUUUCUGAAUCUGUGCGAGAAUGUCAAACUCUGGUGAAGCUAAAACGCAUGAGGAGCUCGAAUCUCAAGCUUCUGAGGAGGAGUCCCAAUCUCAGCAUGGUGAAAUGGCUGAAAGCUCAAACAAAGGAAAGCUUGAUGAAGAUUCAGAGGAAGUCGCUAGAGCAGAGGAUGAUGAUGCAUUGCCUCUAGCAUGUCCGUUUUGCGAAUUACCAUUCUUGGAUCCGGUAGUAACAACUUGCGACCACUACUUCUGCAAUCUCUGUGCUCGAAAGCACCACAAGAAGGACCCAACUUGUUUCGUGUGUAAGAACCCAACUCUAGGAGUUUUCAAACCAUCCGUGGAGAUCAAGAACAAGAUAGCUAAAAUGCGUGAGAACAUGAAACCCCAAGGUUUGUACAUAUCUAGUCUCUCUAUUUUGUCAUUGUUUGCUACAUGACGGAACCGGUCCUUUUUUUUUGCGGUUUGACAUGAUAAACUAACACUAACAAAUAGGCAAGGUCAUGUUCUCUAUGUUUCGUCAAUGUGUUUGUUAAAGGACUGAACCGAUCUUUUUUCCUGUUGACAUGAUAAACUAACUCUUACCAGAAGGCUGGUCAUGUAUCUCUUACCCAUGUUUAAGGACUACUUUUGUCAAAGUCUGGAUUCAGUGUACAAAUAACUCACGUUAGAGUCCAAUUCCAUUUCUUGGACGAGACGUAACCUUUCAAUGUUUUCUCAUUUUUUCAGAAAAUAAAGCGGCCAUGUUCGAUUUCGAGGAAUACACUUCUCAAUACAUACGAAACUACCACCAAGGCGGUCCUCUGCUUCUUCGAGUUCUUCAUAUGGUGACGCAUAAACUGUUAGAUGAGGAGGAAGACAAUCUUCAAGCGAUUGUUCGAUAGACUUAAGCCCGGGAAGGAUAUCUACAGGACAAACCCAGAGUUUCUACAACUUGUGUCAAAUCUGAUUGGUGGAAGAAAGGGCGAAAAGUAUAUUGCCAGCCAGAAAAUGUUACAGGACAUGCGAGAGCAAUACACCGAGAUACUUGCCAUCGCAUCUAGGGAAGAAGAAGACAUGGAGAGGCAUGCACACGUUCUUGGCAGUUUCUUAUACGCGAGUGGUCAUGUACGAGAAGCAUAUGAAGCAUUGAGCAAAGUACAGAGCACCAUUCUCUUUAUGGUGGUAGCUUUGGAGGCCCGAGAAUUGGAGGUUCUUUGCUCUCUAAAUGCGGUUGAAACUUUGCGUGGAGUGUCUUGUUACGAAGAAAUGACGAAAAAAGAGGACUGCAUCCGUGCACUAGCCCACCUUUCCAGAGGUGACUACUACAUUUCUGCGUGCAAGUUUCAAGAAGUGAUGAACAUGAAACACAUCCGUAAAUUGUGGACAUAUUGGUCAUUUGAACUGUCAACAUUAGAUGACAUUUACAUGUAUUGCACAUGGACUGCCAUCGCAACAAUGAGCAGACGUGAGAUACAGGAAGUUGCUGACGACAUGGACAAGAUCACAUUCAAAGAAAGAAAAAAAAUUGAAAGCAAGGAGAAGAAACGUGUCAAUUACUCGUACAGAUACAUGUUGAGUCAGUACAAUGCAAGGAACUACUCAGAGUGUAUUCGCUUUCUGCAUCAACAACUUCAAGCUAAAGCUCGUAGAGACAUCUACUUAUCUGAUCAUGUUGACAGGCUCUUUCAUCUCAUAAAAGAGAGAUGCAUGAGGGAAUCAAAAAAGUUCUGCAGUGACUUUGAGAAGCUGAGUGCUAUUAUCAACAACUAAGGAAGAAGAAAUGGGUUUUGUGAUCAAUUCAACAAUUAAAAGGAACUUCAUCAGAAGAUUAGUACUCUGUUUUUUUUCUCUAAGAUUUUGGAUUAGAGAAACUUUGUUGCUGGUUGUUUUUUUCUCUAAGAUUUUGGAUUAGACAAACUUUGUUGUUGGACCUUAGCUGUGUGUUUACUCUUGUGCCAUCAGCUUUACUAUGAAUCACUCAUCUCAAACGAGACGAUCUGUUGUUUCCUCUGUACAAGGAUCUUCUCUUGCGUAGCACGUAGCCUUUUUAUUUUGCUCAAGAGUGAUGGUCUAGAAGCUAAUUGACGUUUCUGGACAUUCUUAACGUUGCUUUAAUCAAUGACAAGAUAAGGAACAAACAUAUUGAAUAACUAAACAAUGUACAUGAAUGUUGUAUACAUUGGCAUGUGUUUUUACUCUUCUGCCAUCUCUUUAAAAUGCUGCAACAAAGCUUGAGCU